CGGCGGCGGCAACGCGAGUGGCAGCGGCCGGGGCCCCGCGGUAGCCGCCAGCGCGGCACAGCCCGGCGGGCGCGCAAGACGCGAGCCCGCUGCCACCUCGCUGCCUCCGGGGCGCUGCGAGCGACUCUGCGCGCCCCGGCGCAGAGCUCCCGACCUCAGGCCAGCCCGGCUGCGGCCACGCACAAAGGACCACGGACCCGGGCUCCGGGGGUCUGCGCCUAGGGACCAGCCCGGGGACAGCCAGCUACGCCGCGCCUUCUCCUCCCUCCGCUCCCCGGGCGGCCGGAGCCCGAGCCAGAGCGGGCCCCGUCAUAUGACAGCGGCGAUCCAGCGGCCGGAGAGCGAGCCUGCUGCCUGCUCCGCUGCGCCACGGCAGCCGGUGCCCGGAGUGGCCCGCGCCGCGCCCCGCUGAGUGGUCGGCCCGCCGCCGCGCCCCGAGCCCCGGCCCUCGGGCUCCUCCGGCAGCAGGAGCCGAGUAAAGCCUCAAGCCGGAGCCGAGCCUAAGAUGGCCACGCUGCUCCGCAAAAUCGGGCUCAUCCGCCUGCACAACCGGGACACCGAGGACCCCAAGCACCACCACAACCACCGCGGCGGCGGCGGCCAGCAGAGCGCGUCGCUGCGCGGCAAGGGCGGCGGCAAGAGCAGCGGCCACAAGCAGCAGCACCCCCCCGGGGGCUCGGGCGACGCCAGCCCCGGGCCGGGCAAGGGCAAGGGCAAGCGCGCGCCGGAGCUGGCACCGCGCGACAAGCCGCCGCAGCCGGCGGCCGGGGCGGCGGGGGCGGCGGGCGCUGGGGGGCCCCGGGAGCCGGCGACAGGCGCCAGGGCGGGGCCGGGCCCGACGGGGGCGGCGGCGGCGGCGGGCGGCAGCCUGAUGCCCGUGGCGCGCCAGCAGCACUGCACGCAGGUGCGCAGCCGGCGACUCAUGAAGGAGCUGCAGGACAUCGCGCGCCUCAGCGACCGCUUCAUCUCCGUGGAGCUGGUGGACGAAAGCCUGUUCGACUGGAACGUGAAGCUGCACCAGGUGGACAAGGACUCGGUGCUGUGGCAGGACAUGAAGGAGACCAACACCGAGUUCAUCCUGCUCAACCUCACCUUCCCUGACAACUUCCCCUUCUCGCCGCCGUUCAUGCGGGUGCUCAGCCCGCGCCUGGAGAACGGCUACGUGCUGGACGGCGGCGCCAUCUGCAUGGAGCUGCUCACGCCGCGCGGCUGGUCCAGCGCUUACACGGUGGAGGCCGUCAUGCGCCAGUUUGCUGCCAGCCUGGUCAAGGGCCAGGGGCGCAUCUGUAGAAAGGCCGGCAAAUCAAAAAAGUCCUUCAGUCGCAAGGAAGCGGAAGCCACCUUUAAGAGUUUGGUGAAGACACAUGAAAAGUACGGCUGGGUCACCCCACCAGUCUCCGAUGGCUGAUGUUUGCACCGAGGCCUCUCCACACUCAAGACACCCGCCAUCUCCUCCUCCACGCUGAGCAUCCUCCAUCCUUUUUUACUCCAGCGGAACUGAAUCCUGAAUGCCAAGGAGACAUUUAAGUUAUUUAUGAACAGAUGUGUUUACAGAGAGAAAGAGGGAGCAAAAGCUGUUCGGGAUUAAGUUUCGAUCAUAAAUGAAUGAUCAUCUCUAAGUCACUUUAGAACAAAUGUUGAGCUGGUGACAUUUCCUGGCCCACCUGCCCCUCCACCUGGUCCCAUUGCCCUUAGCUUCUUUCCAUAACAGCAGCUCCAAAGAGCAGGCAGGAAACUCAACGCCCGCGGCUUGACCCAUUUCCGUGUCCGUGGCGCCGCUCAUAUUCCCUAGGAGCGCCCUGCACCGCCGGUACAUGCUCGCUGUGCCCUCUAUCUCUGUUUCUCUCCCUGGCAGGGCAGCAUCACUUAAAGAUGUGUCUUUCCAUGGCCCCCUGUGACAACAUGUAGACCUCAUUUGUGCUAUGACCUUUGGCUCAUGAAAACAAAAAUUUAAUAUUGCCAGGUUCUAGUGAUUUCACACAACUGCCCUCUUGGUUCAGAUGUGCUCUCUGUGCUGGUGGGGUGGUGGCCACAGAGAAACCAGCGCCCUUAGGUGAGAGGCAGGGCUGUGUGGCCUCAGUGGGGCACACAACCCUGCAGACGCCAGGUGUGCACUCCCUGGGGCUCAGAGCAAAGUGGGGGGACAUGUGGACAGUCUCUUCCGAUAUCCUGAGAUGCUCCUCCGACAGCCGGUUUCUGUUCCUGUCUUCUCUCUGCUGGUCAAGCCACCACCAAAAACGAAAGACAGUUUUCCACUCACGGAAGUCAUCAGACUCAUUUUAUCAUGUGUGCUAGUGACAGGGAAUGCCAGAACUGCCAAAGGAUACCAAGUGAUCGUCCGACGACUUGCAUGACCGGGUUUAAUUCCUCACCCUGUAGUCACUUGUGUGUCCCCCUGAGGCUGGGAUGCGUGAGCACCCCGCUGUGAUAUAAACUUCCUGUUAUUUAAUCUCCCCACAGUUUCAUUUCUGUCUUCUGUUAAGUUACUUAGAACGUUCUAAGGAACUCCAUGAGAUGAAGAAAUACUGUUUAUAAUCAUAUGCAGGAAGAGGAAAAAUAUUCACCCCAAGUGGAAAAUCUUACUGGACACAUUUGAAAUAAAAUCAUGCAU